AUGAAGUUCACCAUUUGCAUUGCUGCCCUUGCCUUUGCAAGCGGUGCCCUCGCUGCCGAAGCCGAUGCAAACAAAGGUGCCGCCGCUGCCGGCCAAGCUGCCCCAGCAGGCCAAGCCGCUCCUGCCGGCCAAGCUGCUCCAGCCGGACAAGCAGCUCAUGCCGCUGGUGCCGCCGGACAGUUCUACCCCUAUGGAGGUGGCCCUUACGGGAACUUUUACGGCGGCUACCCUUACGGUCCCUAUGGCGGCUACCCAUACGGUGGAUACCCAUACGGUCCUUACGGCUACCGAUUUUAA